CGCUGAACCAAUACCUUGCUACCUCAUGAUGGCUGAUUCUGAUCCAUCAGAAUCCAUAGCAGGGCUACUGAAGACCUUGCCAGAGCUCGAGCAAGCUUUCGAAGCUGUCUUGUCGAGACCAUCAUGGACGGAAACCGUUGACCAGAUGAAUCCUUUGGACAGGGCAAAGCUGGACAUAUUGAUGGCUUAUGCGAUCAACGACCUCGUUUGGAUGUAUCUCAAGGUCAAAGGGGUUGAUCCUGCCUCGCACGACGUAUCGACAGAGCUUGACCGUAUCAAGACAUAUUAUGGCAAGAUAAGAGCUGCCGAAGAGCCCAAAGCUCAGCCCAGCCGGAAAAUUGAUGUACCAGCUGCCAAUCGCUUCAUCUCAUCCGCCAUACCGAAGAGUCAGAAAGAACAUCACGCUUCGACUUCUGCGCAGGCUAUGGCUCAGUCUCAAGCUAAGCGAGCGGUUGAAGAGGCCGAGUCCAUUGAGAGGACUGGGAUGGAUAGAAGGUUUCGAUUCGUUGCCGAGACGGGCCAAAGGCUUGAGAAUGAUGAAGACGGAGAGGAUGAGGAGCCAGGAGGAGAUGACGACGAAGAGAUGGAGUCGGAUGAGGGUAACCACCCUCAACACAUCGUGUUUGAUGAUGAUGGGGAGCCGGUAUCCCAACAUAGCGGGGAUCAACAGGACACCAACACGGCAACAGAUGAAGAACCCAAGCCAAAGAGACGGCGUAAACGAGCUGAAGAUUUCGCGUGAACGAAGGAUCUUAGACUAGCAGUAGGGAGGAGGACCACUAACUGUAUCUGUACACUAUUUGCAUUUGUCUUUCGCACUUCGCACAUUGUAUAUACAAGCAUGUAUAUUUGG